GUGAUGUCAUUUCGUUAGGUGGGAAGAGGGGCGGACUUGGCGAACGUUUCCCUGAAUUCCUGAAUUUCCUGAAAUCAGAUCCCGGUGGCCAGUGUGAAGCAGCACAGGAAGCUGGUAGCUCGGCGGCGUCCUAUCGUGUCAUUUUACGUCGCCAUUUUGCCCAGGGGACAGCGGUACUGCUGUAGCCAAGCCAUCACUGUAUGGAUAUAUACAUAUGAUUUGGUCCCUGUAAGCACCAGGAAAGCUGUCCACUAUGAUGUGUGAAGUGAUGCCAACGAUUAGCGAAGCUGAGAUCCCUUCGGGUGGGGGUGAACUCGCUCCAGGAUCCCCGCUGCAUUCCGAUUCAGAAUCUCAUUUUGAACAGCUGAUGGUGUCUAUGUUGGAAGAGCGAGAUAGGUUACUGGACACACUACGAGAAACUCAGGAAACAUUGUUGCAGAAUCAGAGCAAACUACAAGAGGUCAUACACGAAAGAGAUUCUUUACAAAGGCAGCUUAAUACUGCACUUCCUCAGGAGUUUGCAGCACUUACAAAGGAACUCAAUAUAACCAGAGAGCAGCUACUUGAAAAAGAAGAAGAAAUUGCCGAGCUGAAAGCAGAACGGAAUAACACACGGCUAUUAUUAGAACACUUAGAAUGUCUUGUCUCCAGGCAUGAGCGAUCACUUAGAAUGACGGUUGUUAAGAGACAAGCACAAUCUCCAGCGGGUGUAUCCAGUGAAGUAGAAGUCCUUAAAGCACUAAAAUCUUUAUUUGAACAUCAUAAAGCCCUGGAUGAAAAGGUACGAGAGCGACUGCGUUUAGCACUAGAAAGAUGUAGCAUUUUAGAGGAAGAACUUGCCGCUUCCCGUAAAGAGCUACUAAUUUUUAAAGAUCAGAAUAACCAGAAGAAACUUGUGAUGGUAGAUGGGCCCCUGGAUGUAAACCACAAACAGGAAAAUACCCCAAAUGCAAAUGGCAGUCGGUUAUCAGACUGUUCUUUGAAUCAAGACAAAGACCAUGCUAAAAUAACAGAGCUGCAGGAGGUAAUAGAUAAACAAGUUAAAGAACUAAACCAGUUGAAAGAACGUAUCACUACUCUUUCCAGCCGAGUAUCAGAACUCGAAGAAGACCUUGAUACUGCUCGUAAAGAUCUAAUCAAGUCAGAAGAAACAAAUACCAAAUUGCAAAGAGAUGUGCGGGAGGCUAUGGCUCAGAAAGAAGACAUGGAGGAAAGAAUAGCAACACUAGAGAAACGGUACCUUGCUGCACAACGGGAAGCUACGUCUGUGCAUGAUCUGAACGAUAAACUUGAAAAUGAAAUUGCUAACAAAGAAGCUUCGUGCAGACAGUCUGAUGAGAAGAAUCGAUUUCUACAGGAACGAUUAGAACUUGCAGAACAGAAGUUACAACAGACUCUGCGGAAGGCUGAAACACUUCCUGAGGUAGAAGCUGAACUGGCACAGAGAGUGGCAGCAUUAAGCAAGUCUGUUCCUUUAUCAUCCUGCGAUUUUGAGGCUGAUCUGCUACAACUCACAACAAUACUUAGGAAGGCUGAAGAAAGACAUGGUAAUAUUGAAGAACGGUUACGGCAGAUGGAAGCACAGCUUGAAGAGAAGAAUCAGGAGCUGCUGAGGGCUCGACAGAGGGAGAAGAUGAAUGAAGACCAUAAUAGGCGCCUGUCAGAUACAGUUGAUAAACUCCUUUCUGAAUCCAAUGAACGGCUUCAGCUUCACCUGAAGGAAAGGAUGGCAUCGAUAGAGGAAAAGAACUCCUUAAUAAGAGACCUUGAAAACUCGAAGAAGGUAAUGGAAGAAGUACAACACGAAAAGGACCAGCUGCUUUUGGAAACAGAAUCCCUAAGAGCAGAAAAUGAGCAAAUUCGAAUACAAGCAACAUCAACUUUUCAUCACAGUCGAUCACAUCUGCACAAUGCACCAGACUUCAGGUAUUCCAUGACAGCUCCAGCGGGGAUGGAUCGUCACAUGGAUCACUACAGUGGUUCUGCAGUGUUGCGCCGCCCCAUGAAAGGCCGAUUAGUCGCUUUGCGAGAUGAACCAUCAAAAGUACAGACGCUUAACGAACAGGACUGGGAACGAGCCCAGCAGGCCAAUGUUUUAGCAAGUGUUGCCCAGGCAUUUGAAAGUGAUGUCGACAUGUCCGAUGUCGAAGAUGACAGGGAGACCAUUUUCAGCUCUGUGGAUCUUCUGUCCCCUGCAGGGCAAACUGAUGCCCAGACACUGGCUAUGAUGCUCCAGGAGCAACUUGAUGCAAUCAACAAUGAAAUCAGGUUAAUUCAGGAAGAAAAGGAAACAACAGAGCAGCGAGCAGAAGAAAUAGAAAGUCGAGUAGGCAGUGGAAGUUUGGACGGUCUUGGUCGAUUUCGAUCAAUGAGUUCAAUUCCUCCCUCUUUCACUGGAUCCUCUGUUGCUGGUUCAUCUCCCCCUGGCAGUGGUCAUUCAACCCCACGACGGAUACGACACAAUCACUCGCGUGAGGUGGAUAGACUAGGAGUUAUGACACUGCCUAGUGAUUUAAGGAAGCAUCGUAGAAAGUCACCAGAUGUACAAGAUGACAAAACAACAAUAAAAUGUGAGAUCUCCCCUCCUUCCUCACCUAGGUCUUUGCGCCUGGACAGGGUUACCAAAGGAGCCCUGUAUACAUGCAGUCAUGAAGAUCUCAGGGAUAUUCGAAGUUCUACAGGGUCCCAGGAUGGGCAGAACAGUAACCCCAGUAGUAGUAACAGCAGUCAGGAUUCUCUUAACAAGGCACCUAAGAAGAAAGGUAUUAAAUCAUCCAUUGGUCGCCUCUUUGGUAAAAAAGAAAAGGGAAGGCCUGGACCACCAGGAAGAGAUUCAUUAGGUCAAGCUGGUACUCCCGAAGCAGAAAAUUCUCCGGAUGCCUUAGGAGUUAGCAAGUUGGGAGGGCAGACAGAGAAAACAAGAAAAUUACAGAAAAAGCAUGAACUUCUCGAUGAAGCUCGAAGGCAAGGCUUACCUUUCGUACAGUGGGAUGGCCCUACAGUUGUUGCUUGGCUGGAGUUGUGGGUGGGAAUGCCAGCUUGGUAUGUGGCAGCUUGCAGAGCCAAUGUGAAAAGCGGUGCUAUUAUGUCUGCAUUGUCAGAUACUGAAAUCCAACGGGAAAUUGGGAUCAGUAACCCCUUACAUAGGUUAAAGCUGCGACUUGCUAUUCAGGAGAUCAUGUCAUUAACAAGCCCAUCAGCACCUCCUACGUCGAGAACGUCCACAGGAAAUGUCUGGGUAACGCAUGAAGAAAUGGAAAACCUGGCAGCUACACCUCAAACGGAAGAUGAGGAGGGUACCUGGGCCCAGACUUUAGCGUACGGUGACAUGAACCAUGAAUGGAUAGGAAAUGAAUGGCUACCUAGUUUGGGAUUGCCACAGUAUCGUAGUUACUUCAUGGAAUGCCUUGUUGAUGCUCGAAUGCUGGACCAUUUGACCAAAAAGGAUCUUCGAGGCCAACUUAAAAUGGUGGAUAGCUUUCACAGAAACAGUUUCCAGUGUGGUGUCAUGUGUUUACGAAGGCUAAAUUAUGAUAGGAAGGAAUUGGAACGGAGGAGAGAAGAAAGCCAACAGGAAACUAAAGAUGUACUUGUCUGGAGUAACGAGAGAGUGAUAAGCUGGGUGCAUUCGAUAGGCCUUAAGGAAUAUGCAAAUAACCUGAUCGAGAGUGGAAUUCACGGCGCACUCAUUGCCUUAGAUGAAACGUUCGAUCAUAUGGCAUUAGGUCUCGCUCUACAAAUACCCACACAGAAUACACAGGCUCGUGCAGUUCUCGAAAGGGAAUUCAACAACCUCCUUCUCAGGGGAACUGACAGAAGGUUUGAUGAGGAUGAGGAGAAGGGUUUCAGAAGAGCUCCUUCUUGGAGAAAGAAGUUUAGACCAAAGGAUGUACGAGAUUUAGCAGCUGGAUCUGCAGAAACUCUCCCUGCAAAUUUCCGAGUCACGUCUACCAUGUCUUCCCCAUCUAUGCAGCCAAAGAAAAUGCAAAUGGAUGGAAGUUUAUCAGCACAGAGAUUGGACUCUGCCACAGUAAGGACGUACUCUUGCUGACACCUUGUUUACCCCCAUUAUUUCUACAGAUGACUAUAUAGAAUCCAUCUUCAUAGAAAAGAAGAUUUCUGAAAUCAUGGAGUAUACAAUAUGUUAAUAAUUAUGGACACUGUAAAAUAUUUUAUUACAAAGUUUUGUAAUUAGCAGUCUCAACAUUCAUAAUCAUAGAGAAAAUAUUUUAGAUCUGAAUGCCGUUGUAUUUAUGUAAAUGUCUGACACCUCAUUUUAUGUAAAAACGUCUGCUGAUGUAAAGUAGCUUUGUUCAGAACUCUUGUGAAUCAUUUUCCAUACAUGCUUUGUAAAAAUCCUGCCAUUCUAGUUUAAGUAUGUCCUGUUACGUGUGCCACAACUUGUCUUUUUGUUUUGACUGUACAGACUGGAGUUAUAAAUUAUAAAUAUGUCAACUCAGAUGCUGUAAUUAUUUAACUGUGUAAAUGUAAACCUGAAGGCAAGCUAAUGUCAUAUUUGCAAAAGCAUCUUUAUAUGUAGGUCCAGUUUUGUCCCUCAGUUACAGGAACUUUUUAAAGCAUAGCAGCUGUGUCUGACCUUAUGUACAGACUUCGUUUUUAUUUGUGAAAAGUUGCACAUCUGCAGCUGAGUUGAUAAAACAGAAGGAAAAGCAAAUCCACUUCUUGUAAGUUAUAAGAUGUAUUUGUGGAAUCUGGCAUUCUGCAAGAAUUCACCAUUUUUGUGGAAUAACGGGCUAUUAAACACGGAGUUCAGCAGACUGCAGAGGAAUGAAUAGCAUUGUAGUGUAAAAUGUUCACUAUGCACCAUUGCAAGUCUGCUGAGGUAAACUGUAGCUGAACAAAGACAUGUUAACAAUGGGAUGUUUGUUGUAAAAACUUUUUCCACAGAUGAAAAUUAAGAAUUUUGUACAGUAUUAAUUUAUAUUGUGCAUUUUAAAAAUCAAGAAAUGACUAAAUACUUUUUUGUAAUAUAGAAGGCAAGAUUUUUAAAAACUUACCUAGGAAGUUUGAAAAAAAAAACAAUGGUAGACAUAGCAUUAAGUUAAUGUCUUUUAUACAUUUUAACCUCAUUUGUAACUUUAGAGCCUUUUUCACUGUGAUUAUGAAAUUCACCAGAAAAUGAAGCCAUAAAUUGAAAAAAAGAUGUUUAAAAAAACAAGCAGUAGUCUUUUUCAGCAGUCUGUUUUAUAUCGAUCUGUUCAGGGACUGCUACCUUUGCCCUUUCUUUUUCUUCAGUAACUUUUACAAGAAGUUCAUACAGCUGCGUUUAAAGGACCAAUUCCAAAGCACUGUGGGACAUUAUGAAGUGAAAGCCAAGAGGAUGGCACAGAAGUGGAGCACCGCAGUACAAUUUACAAUCAAAGCCUUACUUUUUUUUCUGAACGAUUCAUCUGAACAUUUUUUUGCCUCCUUUUUACCGCAGAAAAGUACACAGAGAGACAUUUUGAUGGUACAAAUGUUUUCUGAACAUGGCAAAGUCAGAAGAACUUAUAGUUCAGUAUUUUUUUAUGCAGCCAACUUGAAAUGGUCUUGUUGAAAUCCUAGUGCAUUUAUUUAUUAUAUAAUAAUAUCUAAACUGUUUAAUGUGCUUGUGCUCUUUGUUUUGUGAUUUCUUAGGGUUCUGUUUCAAAACUUACCCUUUACUGUUCUUUGUUGAUUCUGAUUUGUCAGUUGUUUUCUUAAUUUUAUUGUAACAAAUUUAUGUACAGCUCAUAAUAAUUUUGAACUGUUUUAUCACAGUAUUAUUUAUUGCAUUCUCUCAAUAAAGUACUGAAAACUUUUAUUUUCCACUGCCAAUAAAGGAAACAUUUGAAAACA